AAAGGACGGGAUAAGCGGGCUCGUCGGGGAGGCCGUCUGUCUGCGCUGACGUGAUCUCGGCGACUGGGAAUUCAUCGCGUCGUAAGGCGGCAGUACGGACGAAAGAAAGAAGUGGCGCGUGUGCGUGUAUCGACGUGUCUGGCGGGCGUGUGGACGAUCGCUGAAAGGACUUGCGGGGCGGGGGUUGGGGCGUCGGGGGAGGAAGAGGUGGAGGAGGAGGAGGAACGAUUGUCAAUAUAAAGGUCCGCUCCGAUAAUACCCCGGAUCUACGGAGCGCCUGUGUAAGAAGUGCGGGGAAGAAUAUUAUUCCAAAGAGAGGGCGACGUCGCCACCACCCAUCCUCCCCCUCCCACGAUCGGCCCAGGAGUCGCUGGCCGCGCCUGUAACCGGGGCUCUGAACGAUCGACGGCGUCGUUGCUACGCAUACGCGACGCGCGUUCGGAGAGAGGAAAAAAGAAAAACCGAGCUGGACGAGCGCUUUAUUCUUUUUCCUCGUCGUCGUGUAUUCUAGGUUAAGGAACAGGGGGCACCACCGCUCCGUCCUCCUCGGUGGACGACGUCGUCGUCGUCGUCGCGCGAGUGUUUUUCCCAUCUUCUUUACGUCUCGCGCAUCUCCACCGUUUGUUUCUAGCGCCGCGAGCAAGAAGCAGGAGAGGCAGGCAAAAACGCGGUCCCGGAAUCCUCUUUGUUGAAGAUCUGUGGAUCGAUUGUCAAGCGAGGCGCAACCUAACCUACAAAAAAGGGAUUUUCCGAGCGACAGUUUACCGAAGAGAGCGGAAGAGGCUGACUAGGAAGAAUGGAAGCGAUUGCUAAGCACGAUUUCACCGCGACCGCCGAGGACGAGCUCAGCUUUCGCAGGAGCCAGGUUUUGAAGAUACUCAAUAUGGAGGACGACAUGAAUUGGUAUAGAGCAGAGCUCGAUUCUAGAGAAGGUCUAAUACCGAGUAAUUAUAUAGAAAUGAAAAAUCAUGAUUGGUAUUAUGGAAGGAUAACCAGAGCUGAUGCUGAAAGGCUACUAAUGAACAAACACGAAGGCGCUUUCCUCAUUAGGAUCAGUGAAAGCUCUCCCGGCGAUUUUUCUUUAUCUGUCAAAUGUUCGGAUGGUGUGCAGCACUUUAAAGUCCUGCGGGACGCCCAGGGCAAAUUCUUCCUCUGGGUCGUUAAGUUCAGUAGUCUGAAUGAGCUCGUCGAGUAUCAUCGUACGGCCUCGGUGUCGCGUUCCCAGGACGUCAAACUGCGCGAUAUGGUACCAGAAGAGUGUCUGGUGCAGGCCCUUUAUGACUUCACGCCCCAGGAGCCGGGCGAGCUCGAGUUCAGGCGAGGUGAUGUAAUAACCGUGACGGAUCGCACGGAUCAGCACUGGUGGCACGGCGAGAUCGGCAAUCGACGAGGACUCUUCCCAUCUACCUACGUCACUCCAUAUCACUCCUAGAGGUUCUGCGAUCGAGAUGGCAGGUGUCACGCCAGCCAGCAGAUCUUCGUGCUCGCAAUCAAGAGUAACGGAUUCAAAGCGGAAUAUACCAACAGGAUCCUCCAGGCCAAUGAGACAUGCUCGUGGCGGAGGCUCGUGAUCUGUUGAAAAAAAAAGAAAAAAGAAAGAGAAAUAAGCACAACAGCAGCCUUGCUUUCACUGACUGAGUAAACCAUUAAAAAAAUACGGGCACUUAAACUUGGCCUUGAACGUGCUCGUUUAUACCGAAGAGUUUCUGAGCUUUCAUAAGCCAAGACCGCGUGCAAGCCAUUUCAUAACUUUUACAUCACGAAAACUAGGGUACACGGGAUGGUGUUUAAUGCUCUGUGCUUGUAAUAAGAAUGAAAAAAUGCUUUAAUAGGAAUCUCCAAAGCAACUGUACUUUUUCUUUGUUCUGUCUUCGCUUUGUUCUUAAGUUACGCGAAAUUCGUUAUGUAUAGAACAAUUAUUGCCUAUACUUUAUGCAUAGAUAAGAGAGGGAGAGAGAGAGAAAGAAAGAAAAAGAGAUAUAUAGAUAGAUAGAUAGAUA